AUGAGUAUUACCGACACCGUUGCCGAAUCCGACCCGUUCAUUUCGUACCAAAAGCUUUGUAAAGAGGAAGGACCGCUUCAAGCUUCGCUUCAACCUAUCCAUCGGUGGAGAGACCGUGCCUGCAGAGAUGCAAACUUGUUAUCCAUCUGGCUUCCUCCUCCCCACCACCACCACCUCCUCCUCUCUCUACCCCCACCUGCACUACGUCAUCAGUACCGGAGCUCACGUACUCCUCCGGCGUGCUCCGCAAUUCCUUCCCCUGUGUCGGGCGAAGUAGUACCACAGAUUCUGAACAACCAUUCUUCUUCUCCUGCCGCCGCCGCCGCCGCCCCUGCUGCUGCUGUUGUCAAGAAGCCUUACCAACAAAGAAAUGGCGUGCGGUGGUCCCAAAGGAGGGCUGCCAUCGUCCAAAUCCAAGAGGCCGAUGAUCUGCGCUCUGCUCUGUCCAGCUUCCAAGGACAAUUGCAAGUUCAAGACCUUAAUACCAUCCUUCGCUAUUUCGGGGAGUCAAAAAGAUGGAAUGAUGUGAUGCAGCUUUUUGAUUGGAUGCAGAAGUGUGACAAUGUGAAUGUUGCAUCCUACAGUACAUUUUUCAAGUUCAUGGGGAAAAACCAUAACCUUGUGAAAGCCUUGCAAGUAUACAAUGACAUUGGAGAUGAAUGCACAAGAUACAAUGCAUCAGUUUGCAAUGCCCUUCUUGGUUGUUUUGUUAGGCAUGGCAAGUUUGAGACCAGUAUAAACUUGUUUGAGCAGAUGAAGAAAGGUGGUCUUACUCCAGAUAUCGUGACAUAUAGUACUCUACUUUCCGGCUGCACUAAAAUUAAGGAUGGCUACUCAAAGUCUUUAAAGCUAAUGGAGGAACUUAAGUCUAAUGGUCUUCACAUGGACAGUGUCAUAUAUGGGACUGUUUUAGCAGUCUGUGCAUCAAACAAUCUCAGCAAAGAAGCUGAAAGCUUUUUCCAGCAAAUGGUGGUUGAAGGUUGUGAGCCAAAUUUAUUCCACUACAGCUCAUUGCUUAAUGCCUACUCAGUGGAUGGGGACUAUGCUAAAGCGGAAAAGCUUGUCAAAGAUAUGAAAUCUUCUGGAAUAGAACCAAAUAAGGUGAUUUUGACAACUCUACUAAAAGUUUAUGUUAGAGGUGGUUUAUUUGAGAAAUCAAGAGAACUUUUGGUGCAAUUGGGAACCUUGGGUCAUGCAGAGGAAGAGAUGCCAUUUUGCAUUUUGAUGGAUGGACUCGCAAAGGCGGGGCAGAUAGAUGAAGCCAAGGUUAUUUUUCAAGACAUGAAAAUGAAGGGUGUGAAAUCUGAUGGUUACUCUCACAGUAUUAUGAUCUCAGCAUGUUGUCGACAUGGGCUUAUUGAAGAUGCCAAGCAGCUAGCAGAGGAAUUUGAGGGCAAUAAUUACAAGUAUGACUUGGUAAUGAUGAAUACAUUACUUAGAACUUAUUGCCAAGCUCGAGAAAUGGAACACGUAAUGAAAGUUCUCAGGAAAAUGGAUGAGUUGGCAAUUUCUCCUGACUGGAACACAUUCCAAAUUCUGAUUAAAUAUUUUUGCAAGCAAAAGAUGUACAGCCUUGCAUUCCGAACGGUUGAGGAUAUGCAUAAAAAAGGCCAUCAACUUGAUGAGGAGCUAUGUUCUUCUCUUAUGAUACGUCUGGGACAAAAUGGUGCCGCAUCAGAAGCAUUUUCUGUUUAUAACAUGUUGAGAUAUAGUAAGCGUACUAUUAGCAAAGCUCUUCAUGAAAAGAUGCUAAAUAUUUUAGUUUCAGGGGGGCUUCUAAAAGACGCAUAUGUAACAAUGAAGGAUAAUAUUGAAUACAUAUCUAGCCCAUCAUUGGAGAGAUUUCUAAAUUCAUUUAUGAGAUCUGGAAACAUAAACCUGAUAAACGAUGUUCUCAAAGCAUGCAACAAGUCAUCAUAUAGGAUUAAUCAGAACGUGUUCUCUUUGGCUGUAUCGAGAUAUGUUGCAGAACCUGAAAAGAAAGAGUUGCUUUUACACUUGUUACAAUGGAUGACUGGACAAGGCUAUUGCGUUGACUCAUCUACAAGGAACCAUAUUCUAAAGAACUCACACUUAUUUGGUCGGCAUCUCAUUGCUGAUAUUUUAUCCAAACAGUUUGCCAUGUCAAGGAAGUUACAAACACAGAAAAUGCCAGGAAGCUAGAUAUAGACUUCCCACAUGCAAGGACCAAAUAGAUAAUGUUAAUGAUGGUAAGAAAGUGCUUUGGAUCUGAAGUCUUGUUGAAGUUUUUAACACAGACACGUGGGAUACCAAUACAUACCAUCAAAUGUAUUCCUAAAGAUGUUCAAAUGUAGUUGCUGCAUUUCUUAAGCCUACGUAUUUGGACAACGAUGGUUAUAAAUGUUGAUGGCUUUCCAAAUUGAUGAUUGCUAGGGGCUUUCAGGACAAUGUGAGAAUGUAGUGACCAACUAGCAGAAUAUCUGCAAAAAAUUCUGAGCUGUGGCUUCAAUUUCUUGGCCUCUCCAUCAACCAGCGGGCCAGCAAGAGUCGGAAGAUCUGGUAAAAAGAAGCUAACAAGGUUUACGUGAUAUGUAGUAGAGAUGCCGAGAAAGAAAUAUUAGCAAAAUCUAUGUUGUAAAUAUAUUUGGAAAGAUUACUUCUGUGUGUUUCACCUCUGUAUAAUAUCCAUCUCUUGUAUAAUUUAGAUUCUUAUGCUAGUUGUCAAUUCCAUGUCUGGUACCUGUUCGCAUGCUUUA